AUGCACGAUCCUCCUGAAUGUGCGUUAUAAUCGAAUUACGGUUAUUGUUACUAAUUAAGUCACAUAGAUAAUAUCCCCCCAAAACCCUACGAUGUGCCGCAGAGUCCGUGUCCAUUUUUUGCAUGAAACGGAGCUGAUCAUUUCCUGCCUGUAAACGAAAGUGAAAUUAAGUGUCGAGAUUUUAAAGGCAGAGUCGAAAGUUUGUCAAGAAAUACUUCAUCAAGAUUCUGGAAUAAUUUAAAGAUAUUCUAUGUUUCAAGAGGCCCCAGCAGGAAUCAUCUGGUCUGGAUCAGCAUAAAAAUGGAUGGAUCUGCUUCUGAAAUGCGCCCCCCUGUGGGGUGUAAGAGAAAGAGCCCUGAGAGUGUCCUGGUGGAGAGAGCAGACUCCCCUGUACCCAGCUGUGUUUCCCUGAAGAGUGACGCGUCAAUGGACCCCCUAAUCUACUUCAGAGGGGGACCUUUUCCUACAGAUCAAAGUGUCCUGGUGGAGAGAGCAGACUCCCCUGUACCCAGCUGUGUUUCCCUGAAGAGUGACGCGUCAAUGGACCCCCUAAUCUACUUCAGAGGGGGACCUUUUCCUACAGAUCAAAGAGACCAAAUGGAAGAUUGCAGUUCAGAUCUACAUGAUAAAUCGGGUUUAUCAUCCAUAUUGAAGUCACUAGAGGAAAAAGCCAUGAAGUUCCUAAAGGAGGAACUGAAGACAUUUGUGAGGUACCUAGAUCAGAAUUACCCAGAAUGCUCUGAGCCUCAGCUGGAGGAGGACAAUGACCUGGACAGUGAUGGUCAGAUGCAGAAGACCAGUGUUAGAGAGGUAGCUCUGAAGAUAACACUGUACAUCCUGAGGACCAUGAAGCAAGAUGAUCUUGCUGAUCUGCUGGACAAGAGAAAGCUCAUGCUACAGGAAAUCAAAGCUAAACUUAAGAAGCAAUUUGAGUGUGUAUUUGAAGGGAAAGCUAAGGAAGGACAGCCAACACUUCUCAGUGAGCUUUACACAGAACUCUACAUAACUGAAGGUGGGACUGGAGCAGUCAAUGAUGAACAUGAAGUGAGACAGAUUGAAACAGCAUCCAAGAAAAGGCGAACAGAAGAUACUACAGUCAAGUGCAAUGAUAUAUUUAAACCCUUAUGUGGGCGUGAGACACCUGUCAGAACUGUACUCACUAAAGGGGUGGCAGGUAUCGGGAAAACAGUCUCUGUGCAGAAAUUUAUUCUCGACUGGGCAGAAGGAAAAGCAAACCAGGAUGUUCACUUCAUAUUUGCUCUUCCUUUCCGGGACCUGAAUUUGAUUAAGGGUGAAUACAGUCUGAUUGAACUGCUUCACCGCUUUGUCCCAGAACUGAAAUCAUUUCAAUCCACUGAGCUGUUUAGGUACAAAGUCUUGUUCAUCUUUGAUGGUCUGGAUGAGUGUCGCCUUCCUCUGGAUUUUCAGAACAAUGAGAGCUGGUUUGAUGUAACAGAGAAAACGUCCCUGGAUGUGCUAUUGACUAACCUCAUUAAGGGGAAUCUGCUCCCAUCCGCUCUCCUCUGGAUAACCUCCCGGCCAGCAGCAGCCAAUCAGAUACCUGCUAAGUGUGUCCACCAGGUGACAGAGAUACGAGGGUUCAGUGAUGCCCAGAAGGAGGAGUAUUUCAAGAAGAGAUUUGAUGAUCAGAGCCUGGCCAGCAGGAUUAUCACACAUGUGAAAUCAUCAAGGAGCCUCUUCAUCAUGUGCCACAUACCUGUGUUCUGCUGGAUUUCAGCCACUGUGCUUAAGAGGCUUUUUAGUGAGAUUGACAGGGGAGAAAUUCCAAGGACUCUGACUGAAAUGUACACACACUUCCUGAUCUUUCAGACAAGUGUAAAAAAUGACAAGUAUAUGAAAAACCAUGAAACUAAGCUUAAAGAAUACAGCAAGGAAUUCCUUUUGACACUUGGUGAACUUGCUUUUGACAACCUUGAGAAAGGCAAUCUCAUAUUUUAUGAGCAAGAUCUGACAGAAAAUGGCAUUGAUGUCAGUGAAGCUUCAGUUUACUCUGGAGUGUGCACAGAAGUCUUUAAAGAGGAGUAUGGGUUGUACCAGGAGAAGGUGUACUGCUUUGUGCAUCUGAGCAUCCAGGAGUAUCUCGCUGCUUUAUAUGUGUUUCUGUCAAACUCAUCAGCUGACCUGCUGAAGACUGCAGUGGAUCAGGCAUUAGAGAGCAAGAAUGGACACUUGGACCUCUACCUCCGCUUCCUCCUGGGCCUCUCAACAGACUCCAGUAAGACUCUGUUACAAAGGCUACUGGGGCCGACAAGAAUCACCUCACAUAUCAUUAAGGAUACAGCCCAGUACAUCAAGGGGAAAAUAAAGGAGAAUUUAUCUCCAGAAAGGACCAUCAAUCUGUUCCACUGUCUGACUGAAUUGGGUGACAAUUCUCUAGUAGAGGAAGUACAAAGAUACCUGAAUUCAGGAAACAUUUCAGCAGAUGACCUCUCACCUGCACAGUACUCAGCUCUGGCCUUUGUGAUGCUGAUGUCAGAUGAGGAGCUGGAUGUGUUUGAUCUGAAGAAAUACAUCAGAUCAGAUAAACAGCACUGCAGGCUGCUGCCUGUGGUCAAGAACUCCAGGACGGCUCUCACUUUACAGCAUCCCUGCCCAAAGCCCCCAGUGAGCAAGUCAGAGGGGACAGUGGCAAGGAAAAACUCCCUAGAAAGACGAAAGCUUGGGAGGAACCAGACUCAGAGGAGGAGCCCAUCCUCCAGGGGGCAGCAGAGGAAGCCCUAACCCUAACCAGACUCAAAGGGGGAGCCCAUCCUCCAGGGGGCAGCAGAGGAAGCCCUAACCCUAACCAGACUCAAAGGGGGAGCCCAUCCUCCAGGGGGCAGCAGAGGAAGCCCUAACCCUAACCAGACUCAAAGGGGGAGCCCAUCCUCCAGGGGGCAGCAGAGGAAGCCCUAACCCUAACCAGACCCUAAGGGGGAGCCCAUCCUCCAGGGGGCAGCAGAGGAAGCCCUAACCCUAACCAGACUCAAAGGGGGAGCCCAUCCUCCAGGGGGCAGCAGAGGAAGCCCUAACCCUAACCAGACUCAGAGGGGGAGCCCAUCCUCCAGGGGGCAGCAGAGGAAGCCCUAACCCUAACCAGACUGAAAGGGGGAGCCCAUCCUCCAGGGGGCAGCAGCAGGCUAGAAGGACGUCACAGGUAGUGGAGACGUCGCAGGCAGCAGGGUAGGCAGGAUGUCUUGAAAAUGUGGUGUCUCCAGGCAGCACAGCCCAGGGGGAGUAGGGGAAAUAAAAUGUGCAGUAGGGGAGACUAGAGGCAGUGCAAACAGUUAGGUGAGUGCAGUAUGUAAGCUCCGGCAGAUAUGACUAUGGCAGCAUAAGUAGGAGGGAGAGGCAGGUGGGAACACAGGCAUGGGGAGUCCCUGAAUGUCAGCACUCCAAUUCCACAAGGGGGUGUGAAGCUAAAGUGACAGACUGACAGUUCAGUUUAUCCAAAGCCAAUGGCACCGAUCCCCACCCAGCUCUACAACUCACACUAUAGGUCUGACUGGGAGUGAGCAGUUAGCUAGAGCUAGAACUAGAGUCCCUAUAAGCUAAACUAAACAGGCGUGUUUUUAGUCUAGACUUGAAUAUUGAAAGUCAGCCUGAAUCCCGCACAUCCACUGGAAGACUAUUCCACAGCUGAAGAGCUCUAUAAGAGAAAGCUCUGCAGCCUGCCGUAGCUCUUUAUACCCUGGGUACUAACAGAUAUCCUGCUCUUUAUAAUGUAAGAAAGCGAGGAGGGUUGUAUAAGGCCACCAGGUUACUAAGGUAUUCUGGUGCAGGGCCAUUCAGUGUUUUAUAAAUCAAUAGCAGUAUUUUGUAGUUAAUCAGAGACUUAACUAGAAGCCAAUGAAGGGAGCAUAGAACAGGGCUAAUAUAAUCACAUUUUUUAGUGUUUGUAAGAACUCUGGCUGCUGCAUUUUGUACCAGCUGAAGUUUAUGUGAGGAUCCAGAUGGGCACCCAGAAAGGAAGGCAUUACAGUAUCCAGCCUGGAAGUUAUAAAGGUGUUAGUGUUUCCGCUUCAUGAAAGGAGAGCAUCUUCCGAAGCUUGGCGAGGUUCCGUACAUGAUAGAACACAGCUUUAGUGAUGCUUUUUAUAUGAGCAUCGAAACAUAAAUCUGAAUCAACCAGAACACCAAGAUCUCUGACCACUGUGUCAGGUUGGGUAGGAAGACCACCAAGGUUGUGGUUGUCAAACUUAUUUUGAGCUGCCUUCGGACCAGUUUACAGUACUUCUGUUUUUCUGUCUUUAACAUAAAGAAAUUAUUUGCCAUCCAGCACCGGAUAUCUAGUCGACAGUCUUCUAACCGAGAGCUGUGAUGCAUCAUUCGGCUUAACAGAUAUAUAUAACUGUGUAUCAUCAGCAAAACAAUGAAACCCAACACCAUGAUUUCUGAUAAUGUGACCAAUAUAUACAGUGUACAGUAGCGGGCAGGCACUGAUCCCUGUGGGACACCAUUGUAGGAAUAUUUAGCUCAGGUAAAUUUUAAUAUCUCCACCAAUAUGUUUUGAAAUUAAUUACAUUUGAAUUAAUCCCCGUGAGUCUGUUAAUGUGAGACUUACAUGGGAUUCACUAGUUACCAGUAUCGCUUAGUAACCUGGGUUAGUAGGCUCGUCCAGCGAGCUGCAUCACCAGGUAAUGUAAACGAUCGGUAGCGAAGCUCCCCUCACGGCCAAUGAGAGGGAGUCUCACGAUAUUUCAGUCGAGUUUGGGGUUUUAGAGCUUAGUAGCCAAAUCGCACAGAGGCAGGGACUAUUGUGAGCACUCAAUGAACAGAGGCUGAAGUGUUGUAAAACUGGAGUGAUUUUCCAUCGGUUUGAUACCAAACAUGCCGUACCAGCCUAGCGGUUCACACCGAAUACCAUCUGUAAUGAUUAAUUAAUGAUUACUUAUAUUAUGUCAUUAUGUUAUAUUACUCACACCAGUCCCUGGUCUAAGUGGUCUAGGUUGCACCUCAAUCAGAGGUUACCCUUUAUACAGACAUUAUAUGACAUAUUCUCAUGUCAGCAGCACAUCUUACCCUUAGAUAGGCAUGGUAGAAUACAGGGAUCAGAUAAGGGCUGCUGAGGAAUGUGGAAAAGAAAAGGGGGGAAGGUUAGUCAGUCAAAGAAAAAGAAUCUUUGAAAGUUAGGACACAUUACAAACAUAACCUGUCUGUAUAUUGAGACUAGUAGUCAUGGGUAAAUAAAU